AGACUACUCACUACAGAUGCUAAAUGAGGAGAGACGCGCAACAGUCGUCUCCAAAUGUUUUCGUCGCUGUUGUCGAGUUUUAGAGGCAUUCUUUGCUAGAACUCUCAAUGGAAACAACAAGAGAUGGCCACAGGAGCUGUUGUUCCCCUGCAGCAGCAAGAGGAAAACAAGAAAUAUAGUCAGAAAGUUGCAAUCAGACGGACGGAAGCUUUGGCUACACAAAUCCUUGACACUGACACAUGACAGGAAUUGGAAGAUCAACAACCGAAGAGACAAGGAGUGCUAUGGUGAGGCCACAAAGGUGAGGGAUUUGUGGUAUGGAGGUGGCCGAAAAGAAAUGGAUCAGUUCAUUUCCAUCGUAGAGCAAAAAAUGUUGGCAAAACAUGGAUACUAUGCUGUGAGUUCAAUCUUGAAGAAGAUACGCAACAAAGAACUCCAUGUUUUUAUAUAGAACAUGUUUUCCACGGUUCCUUUUGCUGCAUUGUUCUUGAACAAACCAAAAUACAUAGAGAAAGCAUAAAGAAAUUGGCAAAUAUUCUAUUUUGAUGGGGUAUUAGCAAAUUUCCAAGAAAAUUGAGAAAGCGCAGGUGCUGAUCGUUCGCCAAAAACUUCAUGAAAGGGCACCGCCUCACAAAUUUCUUUGAGAUCGUCUUUAGAGAGCUUUACGGACAAGGAACCAAUGUUGUCAUCAAUGUUCCCAACUUUAGUCGUACCUAACACAUCGAUCAAACCAGAAGCAUGAGGAUUAGGAUAUAUAUAUAUAUGCACAUAUACAAUUAAAGAGAGUUAAUUAUUACCUGGGAUUGGGAAAAUGUCCUCGCCCUGAUGCAGAAGCCAUGCCAAAGCUAAUUGAGCAGUAGUGCAGGCAUGCUUUUCAGCCAGAAUGGCAAGUCUGCUAUAAAGAUUUUUGUUCUUCUCUAGAUUUUCCCCACUGAACCUUGGAAGGAAAGCUGGC